UUUUUGUUUGUGCACAAGCUCAGCCUCUUAUCUUUUUUUGUUUGUGCACAAGCUCAGCCUUUCCUUUAUAAUACCAGGGCUUUGCACUUGAUUUAUUCACAUUUCGACAGAAACAAAAGCAGAACUUAGAGUUGUUGGCAAAACUAGUUCAACAGGGCAAAUUAAGCAGAUGGAAAGCAGUUUGGAGGCAACCUUUUUUAGGAUUCCAGAACAGGUUUUGAGCUCAAGUGGGCAGAGAAUGCCGCGUUUGGGCUUUGGCACGGCAGUCUACCCACUCGUACCACCACAAGUUACAAAGCAGGCGAUUCUCCAAGCAAUUGAGCUUGGUUAUAGGCACUUUGAUACAGCUUCCAUAUACGGAACAGAGCAGCAGCUUGGUGAAGCAAUCAAAGGAGCAAUUUCGCUUGGCUUAAUUAAAUCUCGAAAAGAGCUCUUCAUCACUUCGAAGCUGUGGUGCAGCGAUGGUCAUGGAGAACUUGUUCUCCCUGCUCUUCACAGGAGCUUACAAAAUCUCAAGUUGGAGUACCUCGAUCUCUAUCUUAUUCACUGGCCUAUUAGCAUAAAGCCAGGGAUUUACGAAUUACCGAUAAGGAAGGAAGACUUACUCCCUAUGGAUUUCGGUUCCGUGUGGGCAGCGAUGGAAGAUUGCCAGAGGCUUGGCCUCACAAAGUCCAUUGGUGUCUGCAAUUUUUCCUGCAAAAAAUUAGCUGACAUCCUUUCCUUUGCAGAGAUCCCUCCGGAUGUUAAUCAGGUGGAAUUCAAUCCGCUGUGGAACCAAAAGAAGCUAAGAGAGUUUUGCAAUGCAAAUGGGAUCCUUUUAGAAGGUUACUCUCCAUUGGGAGCCGCAGGGACCCCUUGGGGCACCAAUAGAGUUCUGGAGUGUGAAGUGCUGCAGGAAAUUGCCAAGGCAAAAGGAAAGACAGUUGCUCAGAUAUGUCUGAGAUGGGGAUAUGAACAAGGUGCGAGUAUAUUAGUAAAGAGCUUCAAUGGUGAGAGGAUGAAGCAAAACCUUGAGAUAUUCAAUUGGUCAUUGAGCGAGGACGAGCUGAAAAGGAUCCAUGAACUCCCACAAAGCAGGGGAUGCGAUGGAGAACUUUUUACCUCCCAAUAUGGACCUUUCAAGACAAUCGAGGAGUUUUGGGAUGGAGAAAUUUGAUUUAGAUUUUGGAAUAUUUUUUCAUCCGCUGUCCAAAUAUUUUCAUUGCU